GUCUUAUUGCGCCGUCUCAUGGCCAGGAGGCUGCCGGUGGCAAAAAAAUUAGUUUAGUCAAACCGCGCAGUUAUAUUAGAACUGAAAAUACACGAAAAUCACAUUGGUUUUUUUAAUCGUAUGUUGACAAAUUAUUCCGUAUAGUCAUGGUUUUCUUAAAAGAGCAGUUUGGCUAAAUUGACCCUUUCCAGGUUCCGUACAAUGACUCUAGAGGCGUGGCACUGAUCCUGGUACAACCUUAUGUAUACCUUCAGGGAGACUUUCAAAUUUUUUACCUCAUAAAUGACCAACAACACUCCAUCACAACCAACAAACAACAGAUAACAAUGGAGAUACUCGCUUAGCAACAAUUGCCAGAGUUUUUGUGGGCGUUCAUCGAAUGGCAUUGUUGUGUUUCCGGCUGGGGCAAAUGGCUGGGCUGUAGCGAGCGUGUGGUUGUACCCAAUUGUUAGUGAUGCGUUUCAACGAGAAGGAGAUGGUGCAUUUAAGCCGCCAGCCGUCAGAAAUGGUAGCUGAGCUGGGGAUGCGAGGACCCAAGAAAGGAGACGUUGUGAAGAGGAGGCUCGUGAAACUCGUUGUGAACUUCCUCUUCUAUUUUAGGACUGAUGAGGAUGAACCUGUUGGAGCAUUGCUGUUGGAGCAGUGUAGGGUGGAGAAGGAGGACAGCCUGACCUUUUCCAUUGUAUUUCUAGAAGAGGCGGAAAGGAAAUAUCUCUUUGAGUGUGAUUCCGAGGAGCAGUGCAGCAAGUGGAUUGACUCAAUUGUCAAGGCCAGUUAUGAGUUCAUGAGGAGGAACCUCAUUUUCUACAGAACUGAGAUCCACAGGCUGACUGGCAAGGAUCCAUUGGAACAGUACGGCAUUUCAGACGAAGCUCGCUUUCAAGUCACAAAUGGCCUGCAACAUACGCCGAGAGACGCCUCCUCUAUGUAGACCAGCACUGUGUCUGCAAUCUUCUUUCUUUUCUUUUUGUAGUUCAUCUUGCCAUUCCAGACAGUACCAGCACUCCAACCAGACAAACAGUGGCAUUCAAACUCCAUAGUUUGUACACACAUUUGUUUUUAGUUGAUUUUUGUACACAUCAAGGAGCUUUAGGAACGUGUGAAUCUUAAACCGCUGAUUUGGGGACAAUGGAAUAGUUGUCUUUGGUUUUUAGGCUGUUUAGUUAAUAUACUGUCAUUUUAGUAAUGUGAUUUUUGUGAGUCACUUUUGGCUCAGUAAUGGGAUUUAGAAACUGCUGAGUUGAACCAUGUGUUUAAUUUCUUUUUUGUUUGUGAGAAAAAUACCUUUGGUUACAAAUAUGUGUUUAUCGCCUUCUUGUCUUAACUACUUGGAUUGUCAAAAGAAAUACUUUUGCACAUAGUACUUUACUUGGUGUUGAUGGUUUAUUUACUUGGAACAUUUAUGUUUCUAUUGCACUUUUAUUCAUAUGUCUUUGGCUAAGUUGUUGGACAAUACUUAGAUGCAAGUCUCUCCACUCCAGUUUCGUGUGAAACCAUGUCAUAUGUAAAGAACUGUAUAUAUGCUGUAAUGUGGUUAAAUUGUGAUUUCCAUAUACAACAAUCUUAUUCAUACUGAGGGUCAUUGUUGCUGUUUUCCUUUGUUUCACUUUCUUAAACUUGUAUUGCUUUUACUUCAUGGUGACGUUUCUUUUUUUUUCAUGCUUUUAACGUCUUCAGAUGAUACUCCUUGAAAAGUAUGUGAAAGAUCAUUUCAGAGGAAUAAGUUAAUUUUAGAUUUUGUGGAAACUGCAGGUUUAUUUGAAAGUAAU